UGUGCUCACUGUUUGCCCGCGCUUCACACUCUGCGUCUUCAGCUCCAGGGGAGCCCAGCUCUCCAAAGCUGCAGCCUGGCCUUAAGGAGCACGUGGGAGGUGUGAUGAAAAGGGGCAGCCAGCCCGUGGAGCAGCUGGCUGCUGUUCCUCAGGAGCCUCUUCUGCAACAAGAAACAAAGCCUGCAGCCACAGCUCCCACCAGGAUCGAGGUCACUAUCCCGAUACCCCUGGAUAUGUACCAAGAUGUCCGACCAGCUGAGGACAGCAGUGAGCUGUGGGAUCGUGGGGGCAGAGAAGGCAUUGGUGUGGAUUCAGCAAUGGGAAAAGAGCUGGGUGAUGUGUGCGCCGUGGGGCUGGCAGGAGCAGGUGGCACUGAUGCCUCCCGCACUGCAGCUGGGCCAGCUCCGUUAUAUGCUGGAGCCCCGCUAAAAGAAGAUGCCAGCAGAUGGGAAAGAGAUGAGGAUGAAGCUUCUCAGCAGGGUUUGCUUGGCCUGGUGGGACAGCGUGUUCCUCCAGGACCCGAAGCAACCAAAGAAGCUCUUGAAGAAGAAAGUGAGUCCAGAGAUGUCCUGAGAGACACAGAGAGAGAGGCGCUCCUUGUUGAAUCUGAAGCACAGAAAGCAGAAGAGGAGAGACAGCAAUUGCAGGGGGAAGAGUCAUACGCAGAUGUCACCUCGUCUGAGCCUUCUGAGACCCGAACAGAAGGGGCAGGAGGGGAUGCUGGACCCUUAAAGGAAGCAGCCAAACCCCCCGUUGGGUUAAAGGAUGGCAGGGAAGACAGAGAUGCUGCCGUGGAAGAGGCAGAGCUGGGUGCAGAAGGGUGCAGGACGCCCAAGAAGAAGCCUGGUGCUGCAGAUAAAGCAGUCAGUCGAGUUCCUCUCCUGAAAGCUCGUAUUGAUAGCAAAGACAAGGAAGGGGCUGAAACUGAUGAAAAGAAACCGAAGAAAUCCUCACCUUCCACUGCCAAACCCCCAAGCGAUAGAGCCUCCAUCCCUCCCCACCGACACACCUCCUCUAGCACAGCCCCUCCGAAAUCUCCCUCCAGCCCUGCAUCCACCUCUAAACGAGUCACACCCCGACCUGCCAGUACAGGAAUGCAUGAAACAAAGGCCAAGGGCCAGGAGAUGAGGGGUGGCACCAAGCCGGCCACGCCGCGCUCUGCAGCCGGGCAGGCACAGAGGAACUCCAGCAACGCCACCCGCAUCCCAGCCAAAACCCCCACGGCCCCCAAGACCCCUCCUGGCUCUGGCAGGAAGGAGCAGAAAAAGCCACCCCCUGCAGCAGCGAAGUCUGAGAAAGGUGAGCAGCCCAAGUCUGGAGACAGAAGCGGUUACAGCAGUCCCGGCUCCCCCGGGACUCCAGGCAGCCGUUCCCGCACUCCUUCUCUGCCCACCCCACCAGCCAGGGAGCCCAAGAAGGUGGCUGUGGUUCGCACGCCUCCCAAAUCGCCCGCGUCUGCCAAGAGCCGCGUGCAGCCCUCGGCGGCUCCGAUGCCCGACCUGAAAAACGUCAAAUCCAAAAUCGGCUCCACCGAAAACCUGAAGCACCAACCUGGAGGUGGCAAGGUGCAGAUUAUUAAUAAGAAGCUGGACUUUAGCAGCGUUCAAUCCAAGUGUGGCUCAAAGGAUAAUAUCAAACACAUCCCAGGAGGAGGCAGUGUGCAGAUUGUUAAUCAGAAGUUGGACUUUAGCAGCGUUCAAUCCAGGUGUGGCUCAAAGGAUAAUAUCAAACACAUCCCGGGAGGAGGCAGUGUUCAAAUCGUUUACAAGCCGGUGGACCUGAGCCACGUGACGUCCAAAUGCGGUUCCCUGGGCAACAUCCAUCACAAACCAGGUGGUGGCCAAGUGGAGGUGAAAUCUGAGAAACUGGACUUCAAAGAUAAGGUGCAAUCUAAAAUCGGGUCCUUAGAUAACAUCAGCCACGUUCCCGGAGGAGGAAAUAAAAAGGUAAAGCAGGGCAGGGCUGCUGUCCUGUGUGCGUGUGAGCCUUGGAGGGGGAGCAAGCAAAGAGCCAUAGGAGUGGGCUCAGGGAAGGUGCUGCUCACCAGGCUCAGCUUCAGCCUCCUCUCCAGCACCCCUCUGCUCACCAGGCAGCGCUGUGCCCCACUGCUGGCAUUGCUGCCCACAUCCUGGGGGGGGGGGAUGCUUUGUACCCCCGUCCUCCUGAGCUCCCCUGAGGGCUGCACACACCGACCCUGGGCUGUCGGUUGGGGCUGUGAAGCUGCGCUCUGUGCAUCUCCAGGCCCUCCUGGAUGAGUGUGAAUGUGGGCGAUGCCCUCUGCUGUGGUUUCCUGCUUUUCCUGCUGUUCUCUGGAGAGGUUUGUGUCUCCAGCUUUCGCUGUACGGGAUGCUGCUGUCAGCAUCUGCUUUCAUGCCAUGUGCUGCCAGUGGCGCAGCACAAAGCUGGCGCAAGGGCUGCUCUCCAGUGAAAGUGGAACACUGGGCUGAGCUUUAAUUAGAAAGUGGAGCAUUGGGCUGAGCUUUAAUCAGCAUCCAUCGCUGCAGGAUGCUGAGCUCUGUGCCCCAGCCUCCCCAGCGAAGCUCAGUGGUGUGGGGAGGUGGAAAUGGGAAUCCAAGGCUGGGUGGCGCCGUGCUGCAUCGCCCUGAGUGCCAGCAGGGCUCAGCACGGGGCUGGGGCUGCAGCCUGGGGACGCAACGCACAGGGUUGAAUUCCCAAAGGGAAAAGUGCUUCUCCUCUUGCUGCUCUCUCCAAGCACUCUUUUCUCACCGGGAAGGGUCAGCUCUGUUUCAGCUCUUCCCCUGCUCCGGAUCGCUGCCUUCCUUACCCUUCUCUCACUGCUCCACGCAUCAGACUGCCCUGUGCUUCUCGUCAUUUUUAUUCUCACAACGCUGGGUUUCCAGAUCUUCUUUUUUCUCCCUUAUUUUCUAUUUCUUUUCCUUACUUUUUUUUUUCUUUUUUUUUAAAUCUUCUUCCUGCUGGUUGACGUUGAUCGGAUCUCGUGGGUUUUUGUUUCGUGUUUUUUGUUUUUUAAUUGCUGAUGCGUUUUUUGCACCCCGCCGCCUUGGGUUGGGUUUCUUCAC